AAUGCGAGCACACAAUGGCUUCUCGCUCAAAUUUGCUGCGCGCCCGACGGAAGCGUAAUGAAGCUAAUUGUCUCAGAGACAUGCGCCGGCGGGUGCCUGGCGCACCGGCGAACCGUGCCACCAGUGAGGGCAGCCUUGAGGCAGUGAAGCACAAGGUUGAGGGCGGCUGCCUGCCAUGUCAGCCCGACCAACAACCUAUGUCCUGUUCCCACAGCACCCUGCAGUCCCUCUCGAACAUCCAGACAAAUGUGGCCAACCUUGUGGAGGAGGUGGCUGCUGCGCUGUCGUCGCACACCGUGGCGGCGUUCCUGGAGCUGGAGCUGGAGGGGCUGGGGGAGAUGCAGGGCCAGGCACGUGGGGAGGCGGCAGCGGCUGACAAGUGGCCGGCACGGACGGCAGAGAAGGCGUCGGCGUUGUAGGCGGCACGCCCCUGACGUCCAGGGCAUAUAUUGCUCGCGACCCGCGUCAGCAAGUCCCUCUUGUUUACCACUGCAAUCUGAGCGGCUAGGUAUGGGAGUGUGGAGCAGCCGUUGUCACGACGCGUGUUUUGCAGAACGCCGGCAAUCCCAAGCUGAUCGUGCCUUAAGAGGGUACUUGGCGUGUGUUAUUGCCGUACGUUGCUUUGGUGCAAAAGCGUAGCGGUCGGCAUGACAUGCGUUAAAAAUCGUAAGAUGUUCAUGAUUACGAUGUGCGGAACUCGCGCCUGGGUGUAGCGGGGCCAGGGACAAAGCUGGGGGGAAUCGCGUAGCCACGCAGCGCGCGUGUGCCCUCCAGUCGGUUGCCAGAGAUUUGCGUCAUGUUCAGGCGUGCCUUUCAGGCGAGCUGCAUUGAUGACAGUUACUCGCCUGGAUGUUGUAGUGAACCAUUAGAUCAGCCAGGUUUGUCUGUGAGGACUUCUGGGCACUCGGGGAUCAUGUACGUUACAAUCACUGGGGCGUUCAGAGCGCAUUGGCGGCCAGUCAGGACUGCGGAACGCUGCUUGAACUGUUUGUGCCGCGGCCGGGUGAUAAGGACCCAAACCGUUCUUUGAGUUGCAGGACUGCCAACUGUUUCAUGUUUGGCAUGGACAAGAGAUGGCAGCAUGGGGCUGCACGCAUCUGGUCCGCCCCAUGACUAUGUACAGCAGCUUGCUGCUUGCAACCUGACCAUGUCAAAACAUUUGCACACAGCCAUAGCGCGGCCCUAGCUGGGAGUUAAAGAACGUGUCGUCACCACCGACUACAGUAGGUUGAAGGUGGUGCAGCAAUGUACGCGUGGCUAUGUUGGGUGGAUGCGUUUAGUGAGUCACUGGCGUUCGGCGCCGUGAGGCGUGACCAAGCCUGUCGUAUCCAUUCACACAUACGACGGUAUGGUCUGCAGCAGGUGAGGGCGGGGUAUGACAUGGCCGUCAAGGACCUCUCCUGGUCUGGUGUCAGCAUUCUUCAGUCCCCUAGGGAUCCAGUCAUGACGCACGGGCAGAUGCACCCUGGAAACGAUGCAUCUGACUAUCAGUUCGCACGCAGAACCACAAAGAUUGUAGGCCUGCAUUCUGGUUCUCAUUGAGAAGAUUGUUGAUCCGUUAUCGCCGCUGCAGCUAGAUUCAGAUGCUCUGGUCUAUGGCGCUCCGACAAGUCCUAGUACCCCA